AUGGCUGAUAAAGGCGGGAAGAUCCUUCCAGGACAAUUGUACAUUGAAGUGGAGUAUGACUAUGAGUAUGAGGCCAAGGACAAGAAAAUUGUGAUUAAGCAAGGGGAAAAAUACGUUUUAGUGAAAAAGACUAAUGAUGAUUGGUGGCAAGUCAAAAGAGAUGAAAAUUCCAAACCCUUCUAUGUGCCAGCACAAUAUGUGAAGGAAAUACCACGAAAAGCAUUGAUGCCACCUGUUAAGCAGGCAAGCAUGCUGCCAAAUAAUGCUUUGAAGUUGACACAUGGAUUACAGAGAUCAACAGAAAAUGUGAAUAAGUCACCAGAGCUUUCUAGUUUUGGAAAAUCUUCUCCAGUUCAAGUGUCUUGCUUAGUUCGAGAUGCCAAUCAAAAUUUGGGACCAAACAAUAGCCCUGGUCAAACUCUUGGUUUGAGUCUGGACCUUACCCAAAACAAUGGAAAACUUAACAAUGAGUUGCAAUCUCCCAAGGUUUCCAAUCAGUAUAGAACCAUCUCCAUGGGUCAUUUCCCAUGUCCAGAAUUCCUGGAAAUAGAGAAGACCAGCUUUUUGCAUGAACAAUCUUGUGAUUCACCAGGAGAAGGCUCAGAAAAAAUUCACCAAGAUUCGGAAUCUGGAGAUGAACUCAGUAGUAGCUCCACAGAACAAGUGCAGCCAACUACUCCACCAAGCCAAGGGAGGCCUGAUUCACCAGUUUAUGCUAAUUUACAAGAACUGAAAAUAUCUCAGUCUGCACUUCCACCACUACCUACAAGUGCGCCGGUCCAAAUAAAUGGGGAAUGGGAAACCCAUAAAGAUACAACAGGACGCUGUUAUUACUACAACAGAGGAUCACAGGAGCGAACCUGGAAACCUCCACGGUGGGCCCGAGAUGCAAGCAUUAAUAAAGGGGAUCCCCAGAGCCAUGCAGACCAUGAGCACCUUUCAUCAGAAGAGAACGACCACAGUUCUUGUUACAGCCAGUCAGAUAGUCAGUAUGGUUCUCCUCCAAAGGGUUGGUCAGAAGAGUUGGAUGAACAUGGUCAAACCUUAUAUACCAAUGACUAUACUAACGAAAAGUGGAUAAAACAUGCAGAUGAACAAGGCAGACCAUACUACUACAGUGCUGAUGGUUCCCGAUCAGAAUGGGAGUUACCUAAGUAUAAUGCUUCACCACAGCAGCAGAGAGAUAUAAUAAAGAGUAGGAGUCUGGACAGGAGGCUACAAGAACCAAUAGUUUUAACAAAAUGGAGACACAGCACGAUUGUGUUGGACACCAACGAUAAGGAAUCAACUGCUUCGAAGGCCAGUUUUCCUGAAAAUGAAUCCUCUCCUUCUUCACCAAAGCAUCAAGCCACAGUCAGUAUGCAAAGUGGUCAAGAGAAGUAUGGAUUAUUGAAUGUGACCAAAAUUACAGAAAAUGGGAAGAAAGUUCGAAAGAAUUGGAUGUCGUCAUGGGCAGUAUUACAAGGUUCCUCACUGCUGUUCACUAAAACCCAAGGAAGUGGCACUGGCUGGUUUGGUGUCAAUCAGUCUAAGCCAGAAUUUACAGUGGAUCUCAAAGGGGCAUUGAUUGACUGGGCCUCAAAGGACAAAUCCAGCAAGAAGAAUGUUAUUGAGCUGAAGACCCGUCAAGGAACUGAGCUCUUAAUUCAGUCUGAUAAUGACAGCUUUAUUAAUGAAUGGUAUAAAGUUCUUAACUAUACCAUCAACAAUCAGGUAGUAGAGUCUGAUGAAGCAUUAGAAGAUGAAGUUCCAGAUUCCCCUGGAGUGGAAAAGCAAGACAAAGAAAAAGACAAAGAGAAUAAAGACUCUAAGAAACUUCGUUCAAUGAAAGCACCUAGCAAUAUAGAUUCCACAGAUCAGAAGAAGACCAAAACGAAGCUCAAGAAGUUUCUUACCCGGCGCCCUACGCUACAGGCUGUCCGUGAAAAAGGCUACAUUAAGGAUCAAGUUUUUGGUUCCAAUCUCACCAGCUUGUGUCAAAGAGAAAACAGCACGGUGCCAAAGUUCGUGAAGCUGUGCAUUGAGCAUGUUGAGGAACAUGGAUUGGAUGUGGAUGGCUUAUACCGAGUUAGUGGCAAUCUUGCAGUGAUACAGAAGCUAAGAUUUGCAGUCAAUCAUGAUGAGAAACUAGACUUGAAUGACAGUAAAUGGGAAGAUAUACAUGUCAUCACAGGAGCUCUGAAGAUGUUUUUCAGAGAAUUGCCAGAGCCGCUGUUCACUUAUAAUCACUUCAAUGACUUUGUCAAUGCAAUUAAACAAGAACCAAGGCAGCGUGUCCAUGCUGUUAAAGAUUUAAUCAAACAGUUGCCAAAACCAAAUCAGGACACCAUGCAGGUACUCUUUAGACACCUGAAGAGAGUUGUAGAAAAUGGAGAAAAGAACAGAAUGACCUAUCAAAGUGUAGCAAUAGUUUUUGGUCCAACCCUGUUAAAACCAGAGAAAGAGACUGGGAACAUAGCAGUUCACACAGUAUACCAGAACCAGAUUGUAGAAUUAAUUCUACUGGAACUGAAUUCUAUCUUUGGACGUUGACAUUUUUCUUGGAGUAGAAACUGGAAGUGAUGUAUUGGCAGCAGUACUCCAUCAGAAGGAAAAUCUCUCGCUGUACAUGAUGUAUUAUGUUUGUGGACCAAGCAGCAACUUGUUUUUUGCACUUUUGGGAAGGGGAGAAACAGGAGAAACAUUUGACCACUUUAAUCUGAAUCAGAUACAACACUUUGGAUUUCUUAGAAAGUUUAAUGUAAAAAGUGAAUUGAAAAGUUUAUGGCUUGCCUUCUUUAAAGUAGCAUUGGGAAAAUGUAAUAUAGGUUCAUA